AGGGGGCGCUGUUGCUGCUGCUGUGGAAGCAUUAAUCCAUGUUGACGUGCUGUCAUCGUUUUGAACCGUGCUGAUUUCAGUUCCAGAGGAGUUCAUUCAUUUCAAAGUCCGUGUGCCACCGUCUUCAUUCACCGGUAACGUUAGCCGGUCCUCCAUCAUGGCGGGGACGCAGCUGCUCAGACUGCUGGUCAGAGAGCGACUGGCGGCGGCUGCCGAAGAAAUCUUUGGACUUGUUGAGAAGACGAUAGCGGAGUAUCAGGAGGAAGCUGUCCGCUCCAAGACAGAGGUCAUCCAGCUGAAAAGGCAGCUCGAGCAGCUGACCGUUUUAAAACCUGAAGUAAUAAUAUCCAGAGCAGACAUCCCGCCAGUCUCUGAGAAGAGUUUGCCUUCCCAGCAGUCACACCAGCUUCCUGUUGUGGAGAUAAAAGAGAGCCAGCAGGUGAAAGAGGAGCAGGUGGACAUCAGUAUCUUUCCACAACUGCAGGAUGAUUCUCCUCAUGAUGCCUGGAAAGCAGAAACACUUACUGAAUCACAAACAAGCGCUCAGACAGCAUGCCAGCUCUUUCCAACUUUCAGCCCUGUGACUGUGACGCUCAGUGAUGAUGCCUGGAAUGGGAUCAGUGGCUCAUCCUCUUGUGGCCCAAAUCACACAGUUUUUAUUGAGGAGGAACAAGCCCAGAAGGAGCAAAAGGCUUGCCGUGUCUGUGGCAAGCCGUUUAACAGGGACUCUGAUCUGCUCAGGCACAUGGAUGAGAUUCACAUGGGAGAGAAGGCCUUCAAGUGUGCACAGUGUGACAGGCAGUUCGCUCGUAGGGACCAUCUGGUGGUGCAUUUAAGAACUCACACGGGCGAAAAGCCACACAGGUGCCCUGUCUGUAGGAAAUCAUUUGCGCAACGUUCAAAUCUCAACGUUCACCUGAGGAUGCACACAGGGGAAAAGCCUUAUUUUUGCAAAUCGUGUGGCAAAAUGGUCGCCCAUAGCUAUCACCUCAAAACUUGUGGUAUGAGGCACGCCAAAGGGGUAAAGUCAUUUUGUUGUUUGGUUUGUGGCAGAAAAUUUCCCACACCUUCAAAUCUGCAGGUCCAUAAGAAGAUCCAUGAAGCCAGUUAACCCUCUGCUAUAGUGCAGCCUUAUGCGCGAUCAUCAGGCUGAAUUUACACUUAUUUGCUAUUUAUUAUGUUAAUCUCAGAACAAUUUAACAAUGCAGGAGGUGAUUUUUCACUGUCCAAAAAACUGAUAUGGAGAGAUGAAAAAUAAUUACAGGUGAAAGUGUCUUCUGAUGAAGACUGCAACCUUGACUCUGAGUCCAGUGAUCAGAAUCUGGGGUGCAACACAUUCUUGUUUUGUGUUUUAAUGGUGAAUAUAACUGUUUUAAUUGUUGUCACUGCUCAUGGCUACCUUGCACUGCUCUAUUAUUUUAAUAAAUGGGGUUUUUUUUGUA